CUCUUUUCUGCCGGUCUUGCCCAAACAGAACGAAGGACCGGACAGGGGAAGACGCCGGCAGCCAAUCAAUCAGAGCCAGCAUUCCUCUCGUAUCGAUAUGCAUACUACCAAGCGUAAGUCUCAACAAGUGGGAGAGAGAAGCAUCAGUUGA